AUGGAACUGUUCGACUAUGAAGUGGAGAUUAAGCUGGACAAGAACAACAUCCAUCCGCGAGAGGACAUUUCCGGUAACGUGAAAAUCAAAGUGCAAACGGCCCUAUUUUUGACUCACGCCUACAUCGAAAUCACCGGAAGGGCCGUGUGCUGCUGGAAACAAAAGAAACACAUAUUCAGCAGCAGGAAGAGAAGUUUCACCGGUGAAGAGGAGUUCUUUUAUUGCAGACACACUUUGGCCGGAAACGAUGGAACAGAAGUUAUCAUGGAGAAGAGAAGUUACUAUUAUCCGUUCAAAUGUAAACUGCCUGGACAUCUGCCUGCAACGUGGCACGGUCAAUAUGGUUUAAUCCAAUACGUGGCACAGGUGGUUAUCAAAUCCGAUGAGGAAUGCAUAGGGAAACACUCCAAGGAAAUCACGAUAAUACCUUAUCGCAAUCUUAGAUACGAACCGUACCUCUUGAUCGAGGCUAAGAAGACGGUGAAAAGAACUUACCACUUCGGAUUCUUGAAAAUGGGUACGGUUACAGUAACCAUUUGGUUACCGUUGUGCGGAAUCUCGGCAGGACAGAAUCUACCGUUGAUCUGCACUAUAGACAACAAGUCUUCGGUGCUGUUCGGUGGCAUCGUCUUCAUUUUAACUCAAAUACAGAUCUACCGGUCUUCGAAGCCUAAGUACACAGUAAAGACCAUACGCACGGAUAUCUGCAGAGUAGCGAGGAUGGCGGAUAUCCUCAAGGGCGUACAAGAGUAUUACUGCGUGCUGAAAACGGAUAGCGAUAUCUUCCCUACAACUCAGUACUGGAGAUGCAGCACUUGUCAACUGGUUUACGAGGUCUGGGCUCAGCUGCAAGGCUCUUUGCCAACGAAUAACGCUUACGGUUAUCCGAACGUCGACGUUCCUGGUAUUCCGAUCAUAGUCGGAACGGAUCCUUUAUGCAACUGGAACAUCAACGAAAUCAACGAUCAGGUGAUGAGGACUCUCUUGAGGGUCAGAGAACCGAUAGUCAUGGAUCCUCCUCCGCCCGAUGAAGUCGUUGAAGAGAUUUUGAACACGGUGGACGACGAGUUUGACGUCGAGAUGAUGUCCAACUUGACCAAGCAAAUCAACAUAAACGAAAGCGGUGACAAACAGAAGCAAUAA